UGAACAGUUAGAGGGUGAGGACGUACGCCGGUCGCUCCUUAAAAAUAUCGUUAAUUUACGAGUUUUAUGCAAAUUCUAUUAAGUUUUCGUAAUUCUAAAGUGAUAAUAUCUUAUUUCGGGUAAAAUUUAAUAUAAAUCUCGCCGAUUUAAGUGGAAAUAGUUGAGAAAAAAAAGUUAACCAAAAAGUGGGGUUAUGUGUGAAGUGCUCAAUUUUGGCGCGUAUAUCAGGGGUGGUGGCGCCAGUAGUUAUUCAAAUCAAGUCCUUUACGUUAUGUUAACGUUAAUUACGUAUGCUUUCGCGGUUUAAAAUCAAAUAAACACAAUAAUAAAAAUUCUAUAGUUAUUAAAUAAUUAAAUUCUUCAAAGUUAUGAGUUUUCGUACAUAUUUAGAGGUUAAAUAUUUUUAAUUUUGAAAGUUUCACAUACAUUUUUCCGAUUUUUUUUUCAGUUAUUAGUAUAAAAUAGUGUUUAUUUUUUGAAAGAGAUUCCAGUUUUCAGGUUAUCAUUUUUAACGAGAAUAGAAUUUAGUGAUUAUAUUUGAAAUUUUUUUUUAAUGGACGGAUAUGCAUCAACUCUAAUUUAAUUUUGAAAAAUGAGAGAAACAUCCUGGAUCAUAAAGAGACAAUGUAUCCAGUGAAGGGAUGCAAAGCUUUGGUUUGUUAUCGUCGUCUCAACUUCCGGUUAUGCCGUCAUACUAUAACAUUUUCCCUGGUGAUGCAAUGUGAGUGACAGGUAUUCAAUCCUCGCGUUAGUUUAUCCAUCGAGACGUAGCAGCAUCAGUGAUAGUAAAAACGAAAAAGCUUUUUCGAAAGUCAGUUAAAAAAGGAGAGAGUGAGAGCUUUUUUCCUAAAAGUUCCUUUAAUCAUCGACUGUUGGCGCCACCUUCGAAUAAAGUUAAGGGUUAGCGGAAGUGCGAGGUUACCGCGGUUACCGUUCAGUGUCCAGUGUGGUGACUACCAGUGCCGUCAUCGUCAGUAUCAACACAUACACAUAUAUAUAUAUGAGAAUUUGUCUUAGAACCUAACCUUUUUCUAAUAUUUAUGACCAUUCAUAAAGAUAUUGUGCCGGUUAAUGUUUUUUUUUCUAAAUUAUCAAUAUAAAAGUGGUGAAUUAAUUAUUUCGCGGGAGAGAAUCAAUGAUUUGUGUUAUAUUGAGAACAGUAGUGAGUGCAUACAGUGACCUUUCUGUGGACAAUUGAUCAAACCUCAGUCGUUAUAUAUAUAUAAAUAUAUAUAUAUAUAUAUAUUGACGUGUGGGAAGUGAAGAAACUGGAAUUUCAGAAAGCUGAGGAGAACCACGAGAUUGUCACGAGGAGAAAAAGUGUUCUAGAAGUCCAGUGUCACAGGAAGUAAAACGACGGAUAAACAUCCGUCGUGAGAAACGAUGGCGGCCGCGAGUUUUCCACCUAACUUUCCCAACGUCGGUGUUGUGGAAAACUGUGCCGGCAUGGAGGCAGCCGCAGCGGCGGCGGCUGCUGCUGCAGCUGCAGCGGCCAAUGGGUCGGCUAUCGAGCACGAGUUCCACAACAAUAUGGUGCCAAUAAACGGUAGUCAUUCAAGUAGCUCCGGACGGAGUACACCAAAUGGUACAGACCCGGCCCCUGGGAAAUUAUUCGUCGGUGGUCUAUCCUGGCAAACGAGCAGCGAGAAACUAAGGGAAUAUUUUGGCAUGUUCGGAACAGUAACCGACGUGCUCAUCAUGAAGGACCCAGUGACACAGAGAAGCCGCGGUUUUGGCUUUAUUACCUUCGCGGAGCCGGGAAGCGUCGACAAGGUCCUCAAGUGUCCAAUUCACACACUAGAUGGGAAGAAGAUUGAUCCUAAACACGCAACGCCGAAGAAUCGUGCAAAACAGGCGAAUCGCACGAAAAAAAUAUUUGUAGGUGGUGUUAGUCAGGACACAAGCAGUGAUGAAGUAAAGGCGUAUUUCAAUCAAUUUGGCAAAGUGGAGGAGACUGUCAUGCUCAUGGAUCAACAAACCAAAAGGCAUCGUGGCUUUGGCUUUGUUACAUUUGAAAAUGAAGACGUCGUCGACAGGGUAUGUGAGAUUCAUUUUCACACUAUAAAAAAUAAAAAAGUCGAAUGCAAAAAGGCUCAACCGAAAGAGGCGGUACAACCUGGAGCACUUGCUCUUGGCAAAAGGGUUGUUCUUGGCGCAUUGGGUGUACGUCUUGCACCACAGCCAACACUUCCAGUUGGAGCAGCAACCGCUUCACAAAUUGUCGCCCACGCUCAAGCACAAGCUCAGGUACAGGCGGCGGCCGCAGCUGCUGCAGCGGCUCAAGUACAAAAUGCAGUUGCUGGCUAUGGAAAAUUAUUUGCUGGUGCAUAUCCAGCAGCGGCGGCCCUAUCAGCCUAUAGAUAUACGCCCUAUCCAAUUCCAGCGUCUGCGGCAGCGGCCGCCGCUGCCGUUGCGGCGGCAGCUGCAGCAGGACCCGGUCAAGCUCCACAACUACAACCAAAUGGUGUACCCCCAGGAGCAGCGGCUCAAAAUUCUCAAGCCGCAGCUGCGGCCGCCGCUGCAGCGGCAGCGGGCCCACCACCCAAUCCCUAUCAAGGGUACUCGCUAACAAAUGUCGAUAUGUCGAGUUUCCAAGGCGUCGACUGGGGAUCCAUGUACGGCAUGGGCAUGUACGUCUAGACAUACCAUCACCACAACUGAGGAUGAAGUUGCAGAUCUCAGCCGAACGAUCCGGCCACACCGCGAUCUAGCAUCCUCGAAGCCAAAUUCAAUCCCAAUUCCCCUCAAUCGUCUUUCCCUCCUUUUUUUCCAUUAGUUCCCUAAUCAUAACUUAUUCUCCCUUUUAAGUUUAGUAUUUUUUUUCGUAUCGUUUAGUGAUGAUAGAAAUUGUAAUUCUGUUCAAAAAAGGCUAGUCAAUUUUUUCACUGUUUCUAGCCUCAUUUUGUAAAAGAAAAUCAUCACACCAUUCGGAAUUUCUAGUUAGCGUUUCUCGCCUUUAAUACUCAAAUCUCCCUUCAGUUCAAGUAUACCUUCUAUACUUUCUCUUUUCUUAUUUGCGAAUUAAAUAUAAUUUAUACCUUGAUGUAUCAAAUUGCGGUAAAAAUUGUACCCUUUGACAAAUAUUGUACCUUUAUUGUACGAUUGCAUUGACCCCUUCGCCUUCAUUUAAAUUGUACCUUUGCCUCGAGUCUAGGUAGCGAAGAGGCCAGAGAUUGAUGUGGUAUUUUUUUCAAGUAACGAAAGACAAUAUUCUCUUCUAUUAAGUCUUAUUAAGUCUUUAAGAUUUAAGGUCAUCGAUUAUGUGACUUUGUGAAUCAAGCGCUAAUCGGAAUCCAACGAUCAAAUUUAUCCCUCUGCAAAACACAAAAAGGAAGUAUUUGAAAACUGAUCCGCGAUGAAACAAAAAAAAACGGAAGAUAAAACACCAUUCUAAAGCAAUCGUUUGAUUUGAGUGCCUAAAAAUUGAUCCGCGUUUCAGAUUUCCAAAGUUAUAAUACCUUUCUUAUAAAAAAAAAAAAUCGAAAGUGAACCUAUUGCGUGAACGAGUAAAAAUGUUCUUUUUUAUUCGUUGAAAGCAGAACUUCACGUGCCUGUCGAUAUAUUUUUUUGUUUCUUUAUCGAAGACCAAGCUGCUUUCCUCGCGCCUUUGAUUUAUAUCUUGAAAUGGGAAAUAAAGCGAUCAUUUGAUUCCGAUCAGCGUUUUCAGAAUCGACAAAUAACGCAGUCAAAAAAAAAAAAGUUAAAAAAAGAAAAAAAAAAAAAAAAAAAAACAUGUACAUAUCGUCUACCAUUCGACUCUUGUUACUUAAGCCUCCGAAAAAAAGAAAAAUUUGAGUAAACUUAAAUAGUUGGUAGUACUUAAAAAUGAUACUCAAACAAAUAAGCAUUCGAAGGGAGAAAAAAAGAGAAUUGAGAUUAGCUCAAUAAUUUAAGUCAGCGACUAAGUUUAGCUCCUAAGUCAAAGCGAUUGUACUGACUAGGAUUACUUUCACGAUGCGGAAGACGAUUUUUGUUCUGCAUUUUUAUUAUUUUUUUUUCAAUUUUUUUUUUCCUCUGAAUCGUCAUCCGGUGAUCGGGGAAGCAGUCAUUGAGAAGAACGAUAUGAAUUUUUUUUCGAGCAAUAAGCGGAUACUUAAACUUUAAUAUUUAAUCAUAAACUAUUUAUAGUGAUAUUACUGGUUAAAAAAAAAAAGCUCGAAUAGAAGCUAAAGACUAGAAAUAGAUAUGAGGAAAGCGAGAGAAAGAUAAGGAGACGGAGAGAAUUGUCAGCGCAGGACAUUUCUUCCAGUGAUUUUUAUGCUGUACUUAAGGGAAAAAAAAUCGUUGGUAUUCUUUUACGGAUUACGCUUUAUGCGCAAAACAAAACAAAAAAAAAAACAUUGUCUUGCGUAAGUUAAUAUAUCGAAAAUCUGUGAUCAAUUUCUCUCGUUCUCCCGAUUUUCGCUUCUUGUCUUUCUCUCUCUCUAUCUCCCCUCUCUCUCUUUUAUCAACUUUCGAAAAAAAAUGCACGGAAAAAGUUAUUAAAAAACAACAAAAGUUAAUUCUUUUAUUGCCCUAUUGUGAUUUUCUAUUUAUUAUUAAAAAGUGGAGAUCAGAGUAGAGAGGGGUUUUUAGGAGAGAAAAAUAAAGGAGCGUGCGUUACAUUAAGAAAUUUUUUGCGCGAAUUGACGCAUACAAAUUAAUUCGCAUAGGUAUGUCGUAGAACGCUUGUGUUUUAAAGUAUGAGUGUGUUGGCAAAAAAAAAAAAAAAAGAAAAAAAAAUGAGAAAGAUUUGUGCGUCUGGAUGAAAAAAAAAAGAGAUCAAAGGGUAUUACGUUGGUCGUGUGCUCUGUCAUUAAAAGAAAGCCAGAGUCAAGACUCUCGAAGUGUUUGGGGUCGAAUACGUCAGUAAGAAUUUUUUUUUUUUAAACCUUUUUUUCUCCAUGUAAACAAGUUCCACUUGUGAAGAAAAUUUAAAAUUAGAAGAAAAAAUACUUUCAAGGAAAAUUUUUUAAUAAAAUAAAAAAUGACUGACGUAGCUCGAGGGGGAAAAAAAAGAGACAAACACAAUCGAGAAGUCGAGGAGAAAAAUAAAAAUCUCUCUCAAGUCCGCGUAGGGAGGAGAGCCAAUGUGGUAGGUCUUGUCCUUUCUCGGAUUCGAGAAAUGCAGCCAUUCACGAACGACUUCCGUACCGCGGACUGAUUCGCAGACACGUCGUUUCUCGAUUUUGUUUCUUUAUAAGCCGCCAUCGUCUGAUCUUUGGUCAUAUAUAUAUAUAUUAUUUGGUCAAUUUUUCAAAAAAAAAAGAAAUAUGUAUUGUGUAGUUUAGUUUUUUUUUUCUUUUUUUUUCUUAAAUUAACCACUCAUUAGUUUAGUGCGUUUAGGAAGAAGCAUGCUGGUUGGCAAUUUCAUUAUUUAUUUUCUUUAAUCAUUUUAAUGGACACUAGUGGUCACUGCUACCAUUUUUCUUCUUUACCCACCAUUUCUAUCUUCUAUAUUCUCCUCUAGAGAGAUAAUUUCACCGGGCGAAAUAAAUUCUAUAUAUGAUAUAUUGUUCACAGCAAGAAUAUAUACUUUUAAAUGCAUGAUUUUUUUUGUUGUUGUAUAAUAUAUUUAACAAAUCAAUUUUUCUAUCAAUUUAUUCUUGCUUUAUUAUUUUCAUUCAUUAAAUAAUUUUACCCGGUGAAAGUCUCUAAUUUGUAUAAAGAUCUAGUUCUAUUUUUCGUUUCGUUUUUUUUUUUAAUACGACGUUAGUGUGCGAGUGUUUCUGCACAGUUGUGCUUCCUAUGGUAUUAUUAUUGUCUUAAGUUCUCUAAUUAAUUAAUUAAUUUAAGUACGAUUGUCUAAUUAUUAUUGAACCUGUAUAUUUACAUAUAUUUAUAUACGACAAAUUUAUCGCGUCGACAUUGGACAUUAAAAAAGCAAAAAAAAAAAAAAAAAAAAGUACCCGACAAUCCUUCCGAUAUAUUUGACUGUCUUUUGUGGUCUCCUACCGUAGUGGCUCUCUGAAAUAGGCUUCCAAUUAUUUUCUGACAGAAAUUUUUCAAAAUAUAAAUUAAAUGAUAAAAUCCACUGCUCCGUACCUCGACGAGAGAUAAGUUUUCAAAAAAAAAAAAAAAAAAGAGAGAAGAAGAAGAUGAUGAAGCAGUCAAGUAGCAAAAGCAAGAAAACUGCCUUCACGCUUUACAGAGCCUAGAAUACUUUUUAGAUAACGCGUCCCUACUGUACGACCGAUACUCGAGACGUAUUACUAUGUUAUGAUUAUGAUUAUUACUAAUACUACUACUACUAUUACUACUACUGCUGCUGCUGCUGCUGCUGCUGUUGAUGCUGCUGCUGCCAUUACUGUUGUUAUGAUUAUGAGUAUCACCGCCAUUAUCAUCUUAUUGCCAUUAUUAUUGUGCAUCAGAAUCUUUCUUAUUAUUGUCAUUGCUGUAAUUAUUAUUAUUAGCAAGCCUGGUUUCACGAGACCACACGCUGACAAGGAGACUCAUCUUCGACGCGUCUGGUACGUCGUGCUGUCGCACUUGCCAGUGCUAUUCUUUUAUUUCUCUAUUAUUCGUAAAUUUAUUUUUUCCAUCAAAAAAGAAACUAAAAAAAAAAAUAUCUUUUCUUCCCUUAAAUCACAAUUUUAUAAAUCGCGAAUAACAUGGAGAAACAAUAUAUGUGAUUAUUUUGUACUAAACAGUUUGUAAAUUUUACUAAACUAUUCUGUAAACUCUACUAAGCAAUUGGUUAAUUUCUAAAAAAUAUUUACUAUAAACUUUACUAUGCAGUAUGUAAAUUUUACUAAACUGUUUUGUAAAGUUUACUCAGCAGUUUAAAAAAUUUUACUAAACUGUACUGUGAAUCUUACUAAGUAGAUUUUUAAUUUUACUAAACUGUUCUGUAAAACUAAGCAGUUUACAAAUUUUGCUGAAGUGUUCGGUUUACUAAACAUUUGGUUAAUUUUACUAUACUGUUCGACAAACAUUACUAAGCAAAUUACAAAUUUUUACUAAACUGUACAGAAAACAUUACCAAACAGUUGGUUAAUUUUAUUUAACUGUUGUGCAAACAUUACUAAGCAGUUUACAAAUUCUACUAAACUGUACAGAAAACUUUACUAAACAGUUUAGUAUAAUUUUACUAAACUGUUUUGAAAUUUUUGCUAAGUUAACAAAUUUUGCUAAACUGUUCUGUUCUGUUUACUAAACAGUUGAUUAAUUCUACUCAAAUGUUUUGUAUUAAUUAUACUAAACUGUACAAUAUACAUUACUAAACAGUUUGUUAUUUUUAUUAAACUGUACUGUAAAUUUUACUGAACAGUUUAUAAAUUUUACUAAAUUGUACCUGUGAACUUUACUAAACAGUCUGAAAAUUUAACUAAACUGUACUGUAAACUUUAUUAAACCGUUUAAAAAAUUUACAAAACAGUACAUAAUUCUUAUAAGACUAAUAAAAUUCAAAAAAAAUAUGUUCACAAAAGAAAAAACGGUUUCCUCACUUAUGAACUAUUUUGUAAUUGUGAAAAAUAUUAUUUCUCCAUGAAAAAUUUUAAAUUUACAAUUUUUUUGAUAAUUUUUAUUAUAGUAAUUGUUUUGAUAUUAUAACGAAAAAAAAGUAAGUAAAAGUUUAAUAUUAAAAAUUUAUAUUUUUUUUAUUAAUUAAUUGAGAAUGAAUUAAUUACAUAUUAAUUAAUAGAGAAAAUUUUUUGAAUAUCACUGGCAAAUGCGCACUUUUAGAACGUACAUAAUGAAAAAAAAAAAAAAAAAAAACGAGAACACUUAUCCAUUCACUCAUUCACUCACUGACAACCACUCAAAAAAAAAUCUUACUAACUCCGAUACAAGAACGUAUAUAGUUUAGUCAAUGCCUAGAGACAUUGCCAAUAAAGUAGUCGUUUAAAACUGGUAGCUAACAUCUUUGUGUAUUUUCCCUGUAUCUGUCACUUACCCAGUAUUAUAUUUACCUUGUAUCUUACACCUAACUUAGUAAAAAGUAAUAUAUUAUUAUUAUUAUUAUUAUUAUUAUUAUCAUUAUUAUUAUUAUUAUUAUUAUUAUUAUUAUGUUUGGUGCUGUGUUUUUGCGUUACCGGCCCGAUUCGUGCCAGUAGCACUACAACGAGUACCUAACGGGAAAGUGUCUGCAAACUGUGUUGUCGAUUUUAGAAAAAAAAAAAUAAUUUUAUUUUCUCUUUUUUUUUCUUUUGAACAAGUAGAUUUUUUUUUUUUAGAGUGAUCCAAAACUAAUCCAAUUUUUAUCUUCUUUUUCAUCAAGUAUAUAUAAUAUAUAACUAAAAGGCAUGAACAACAAAUAACUAAAUCUUAUUUAAUAUAUUGUUAAUUGAAGUUUAUUUUAUAUUAACUUUAUUUACACUUUCAAUUUAGUGCGAUUGUAAAUAAUGUGAAUGGUUUU